UGUCUCGCUUCGUCCGAGCCUCAAAAUAUCGGCACGUCUUCGGCCAGCCAGCGAAGAAGGAGCACGGUUUCGAGAAUGUGAAGGUUACCAACAGCGCUUGGGAUACCAAUAUCAUCUCUGCAUCGGGGGAAUACAUCAGUGUCAACUGGAACUCCUCUGGAGGUGGUGCAUUCGCGAUCUUGCCUCUUCCAUCGCCUUUUCAGAGCAUUUCUGGGUUUCCCAACAAGCUGCCCGAUCCCAUUCCUUUGGCGCGGAGCCAUACCGCUGCAGUUCUCGACACGGAUUGGUCCCCACACAACGAUUCUAUCGUCGCAUCAGGUGGCGAAGACGGCAAAGUCAUGAUCUGGAAAGUCGAAGCAUCUCAAUUUGAGGGUUGGGGCUUGGAAGGUUGGGAGGCACAGGAUUUUGAUCCAGUGCUACGAAUCGAUGGUUCCCCAAGGAAGAUCGGCCAGGUCCUUUUCCACCCAACCGCUUCCAACGUCGUUGCGAGCUCGUCUGGGGACUAUGCUGUGAAGCUGUGGGAUCUUGCCAACCCAGAAGACGCGCGAGCUAUCCUUAGUGGACACGGCGAUGUCAUCCAGAGCAUGGCUUUCAACCCCACAGGAACUCUCCUCGCUACCACUUGCAGAGACAGGAAGCUGCGCAUUUUCGAUGCUCGUGCCGGCAACGAGCCGGUAAGAAUCAACGACGGCCAUAGCGGAGUCAAAGGCUCGCGUGUGGUGUGGAUGGGCGAGCUUGACAAGCUUGCUACCACGGGUUUCAGCAAGAUGUCCGACCGACAGGUCGGUAUCUGGGAGACAAGCGCGUUGGGCAACGUCAAGACGAUCUCUUUGGACCAAUCAGCGGGUGUCGUGAUGCCGUUCUGGACGGAUAACAACAUUCUUUUCCUUGGUGGAAAGGGGGACGGCAAUAUUCGCUACUACGAAUACGAGUCCGACUCUCUCUUCGCACUCUCUGAGCACAAAUCUUCAGAACCUCAACGUGGCAUGUGCUUCCUUCCAAGGCGCGCCUUGAACGUCUCCGACUGCGAGAUCGCACGCGCCUACAAAGUCCACGGAUCCGCCAUUGAGCCAAUCGCAUUCAUCGUCCCUCGCAAAGCCGAUUCUUUCCAGUCGGACAUCUACCCACCAGCGCCAUCAAGUGAACCCUCUGUCACCGCUUCCGAGUUCUUCAAUGGCAAGGUUCCUACGCUCCAGCGCGUCAGCCUCGCCGAUGGGUCAUCUGUUGCUCCUGGGCCGGCGAGUGCUUCGCCCUUCUCUGCCGUUCCCUCGACCCCGUCUUCUGCUGUCCCUGCACCAUCUCCCAUCCAGGCGACACGAAGCUUCACCGCAUCUUUGCCGACACCAGUUCCCCCGCCUGCCGUGGCCACUGUGUCUGAGCCGCUGCCUUCAAGGAAACCGGAACCUACACCGGCUCCUGUUGAGAGUCGCACUCCUACUCGAUCGUACACCGUUGAUUCUUCCAGGGAGGCUGAGUUGGAAGCUGAGAACGCACGUCUCGAGGCCGAGUUACGCGAGGCUCGCGAAAAGAUCAGGAACCUUGAGCUGCAAGUGGAGACUGUUCGCGCCAACGCGCGAAAAGCGGCUCAGGCACUUCUCGACGGCUAAA